AUGCAUCAGCUGGAAAAUAAAACAUUGUCCAGGUUCAUCACCUACUUCUCCUGGUACAAAAUAAGGAGGAAAAAGAAGCAAAUAACUUAUUACAGUGUCCUUGAGAAACUCUUCCAUCAUAUGCUGGAAAUUGGAACAGAAGAUUUCAAACAGUCGUGCACACUGGAAAAGGGAAUCGUGUUUACAAGAGAGAAAGGAGCUCAUGGAGAUUCAAAUGUGCAAGUUCCCAUUCUUGCCCUCAUAUACGUCGUUACGGCUAGAAGUUGGUUCUUGUCUUUGUAUGGGCUUUCCUGCCUAAUUUUCUUCAUGAACAUUUGCAAUUCAUCCUACCAAGGUGUGAAUGAAUGCAAGAACUCCACAGUAUGCCCAGCCAAAUCCAUUUGCAACAAAAUUGUGGGAGGCUACUUUUGCACCUGUGAACCUGGAUAUGUGUCAAGCAGUGGGGCAAAACAGUUCACUGAUCUUGGAGUUAUUUGCACAGAUGAGAAUGAAUGCCAAGACUCCAUGCUGUGCCCCUCCACGGCCACUUGCAGCAACACUGUGGGCAGCUACGCUGGUGUCUGUAGACGCGGAUUUGUGUCCACUGAUGGAGGAAUGCAGUUUACUGGCGAUAGAGCCACUUGUGUAGAUGUCAAUGAAUGUCUCAGCCCUGGGGUCUGUCCUGCGCACACCAACUGUCACAACACCCCAGGGAUGUACAAACGCACCCGCAAACCGGGCUUCACUUCCGGCAGCUCCAAAUCUGAAGAAAUCAACUCUAAUUUCUCUACCCCAAGCAAAGAGAUCUUUUCAAGAGACUGUGAAUGGCAGGCUCUGGAGGAAAGUCCUUGUCUCUUCUCAGCUUCUGGUCGUCAGCUUCUUGGUGCCGCUGCUUUUAUCUCCUAUAACUUUAUAGGGUCCAUCAUAAAUGGCUCCUCUGUGUCUAUGGAAAACCCAAUUACUGGUGAAGAGCUAGGAAAAUUCUGGCUCAAUUCUAAGGUAGUCAGUGGCACAAUAGGAUACAGGAAGAAUGCAUCCCUGGCCACACCUGUGAACUUCACUCUUCAGCACAUACAGGUGACAGGGGAACACAAAAAGGCUCUUCGCGUCUACUGGGAUAAGACAGGCUGGUCUAAUGCAGGCUGCCAAGACAUCUUUUCGAAUGGAAUGCGGACUGUAUGCAGCUGCAGCCAUCUCUCCACCUCUGCUGUCCUCAUGGGCUCUGUUGUUCUGACGGUUUGUUUAAUCGUUGGCUGUUCUCUUUAUAUCUCUGUUUCUUUUAUGCUGUGCUCCAUCAUCGCUGGGGUGCUGCACUACCUCUACCUGGCCUCCUUCACCUGGAUGCUCCUGGAAGGCCUGCACUUCUUCCUCACUGUCAGAAACCUCAAGGUGGCCAACUACACCAGAGCAGGCAGAUUCAAGAAGAGGUUCAUGUACCCUUUUGGCUACGGGAUCCCAGCUGUGAUUGUAGCUGUGUCUGCAGGGCUCAACCCCCAGGGAUACGGCACACCUGUGCAUUGCUGAAUUAACCUACAAGGAUUUCUGUGGAGUUUCAUAGGACCCAUAUCUGUAUUCAUCUUGAUAAACCUAACCUUUUGUUUGAUAACCCUAUGGAUUUUGAGAGUCAGAGUUUCUUCCCUCAAUAAAGGAGUGUCCAAGAUUCAAACCACAAGGAUGCUGACGUUUAAAGCUAUGGCUCAGCUCUUGCUCUUGGGCUGCUCCUGGUGUCUGGGCUUCUUCCUUGUUGAGUCAGUAAAGGAACCAUUCAGAUCGGUCACCGCCUAUGCGUUCACCAUCAUUAAUGUCCUGCAGGGAGUCUACAUCUACAUCAUCCACUGUCUCCUCAAUCGGCAGGUGCGAGAGGAGUACAAAAAGUGGCUUACAAGGAUGAGUAAAAGGAGUGAAUCUGAGAGCUAUAUGCUAGCCAAUUCUACCACCCACACCCAUGUGAUGGAAAAAUCAUCCAAUUUGUUUGGAAAAAGAAGAAACAGUUCAGUCUGAAAAUUACGAGCUGCUCCACAUUGUCAGCUGACUUCAUCUUCUGGUUUUGAAAAGGGAAAAGAAUCAGCCAUAUUACACAAACACGAGUAACAACUGUUUGUCUGUACUAUAGAAUUAAUAGCAGAAAGUGUGCUUUGGGUGAAUUAUAUAUUUUGUACAAUGUUACACUUACAGCCUUCUUUUUUUAACUGAAGUAUUUCACACACAAACACACAGCUCUUCAAGUGCAGUUUGAUGAUUUUUGCAAAGGUAUAUAUACCUGUGUAACUGUCAACUGUAUCAAUCAAAUCAAUAUAUCAAAUCACGAUUUCCAUCAGUCCUAAACAUACCCUCAUACUCUUUUCCAGGAGCCCCCAAGACCCCAACUCAGAAGCAAUUGUUCUCAUUUCUAUUACAGUAGAUUAAUUUUUACAGUUCUUGAAGUUCAUAUACAUGGAAUCAUAGAGUAUAUAUUCUUGGUGUUUGCCUUCUUUUGUCCAACUUUUAUCUGAACUUCAUCUAUUUAUGCAUAUAUUAAUAGAUUGUUCCUUUCAAUUGCUGAGUAGUAUUCCACUAUAUCACUAUACUAUAUCCACGACUUGUUUAACCAUUCUCCUGUUGGUGAACAUUUGGGUUAUUUCCAGUU